ACAUUUUGUUUACGGAGGUAAACUAGUUCCUACAGCUGGACAGCCCGUGGCAUUUCACUCGCUGUCUCAUUAUUAACAGCAAAAAGCUGCAAACUGUUGACAGGCUGGCGUUUAACCUUUCCUAGCGACAACCAGGCAGACGGCAGGACGUCAAACUACACCAGUUACGAGUUAAAGUAAUGAAAGAUAAACACGUCCUCCCUUCAUGCUUACUUUCAACAAAAAAGAAGUUAUGGAUAUUUGCGACGGGAAGAAGAGGAGAAAGGUAAGCGGCGGUGUGCGGGCCUGCAGGCGGAGCGUGGCCGCGAAGAUGAAGCGCGAGGUGGGCAAAGUGCUCCGCUCCCGCACGGUGGAGGACAACAAUUACACGGAGCCUAUGGAGGAGGACGACGACGACGACUGCUUCUCCAUUAGCUUCCUCCGCAGUGACCGGCUGGAGCCCGCCGUGGUGAUGGCUCCCCGGUACAGCCUGCUACGGGAGGUCGGUCGGGGGAGCUAUGGGGUGGUGUACGAGGCUAUAGCCCGUAAAACAGGGGCCAGGGUGGCGGUGAAGAGGCUCCAAUGCGACGCCCCGGAAAACGUAGAGCUGGCUUUGGCCGAGUUCUGGGCCCUGACGAGCCUGGAGAACAGACACCAGAAUGUGGUCCAGCUGGAGGAGUGUGUCCUGCAGAGGAACGGCCUGGCCCAGAAGAUGAGCCACGGGAACAAGAGGUCCAAACAGUACCUGCGACUGGUGGAGACGUCACUCAAAGGGGAGCGCAUCCUGGGUUACCCAGAGGAGCCGUGCUAUCUCUGGUUUGUCAUGGAGUUUUGCGAAGGCGGGGACCUCAACCAGUACAUCUUGUCCCGCCGGCCCGACCCUCACACCAACAGGAGCUUUAUGCGCCAGUUGACGAGUGCUGUGGCUUUCCUGCACAAGAACAACAUUGUCCACCGUGAUCUGAAGCCAGACAACAUCCUCAUCUCACAGAAAUCUGGUUCACCUGUUCUCAAAGUGGCCGACUUUGGCCUCAGUAAAGUUUGUGCCGGACUAAACUCCAAGAACAGUGAAGACCUCCCUUUAGAAGGAGCAGGUGGCAGAGGCAGCGACCAGAACAACAUUGUCAACAUAAAUAAGUUCUGGUUGUCGUCUGCAUGUGGCUCGGACUUCUACAUGGCCCCUGAGGUGUGGGAGGGCCACUACACAGCCAAGGCUGACAUCUUUGCCCUGGGCAUCAUCAUCUGGGCAAUGAUCGAGCGGAUCACUUUCAUCGACGCCGAGUCCAAGCGGGAACUGCUGGGCACCUACAUACGCCAGGGCACAGAAAUCGUACCUGUCGGGGAGGCUCUGUUAGAGAACCCCAAGAUGGUUCUCCACAUUCCUCAGAAGGCCAGGAGCUCCAUGUCUGACGGGGUGAAGAAACUCCUCCAGGACAUGCUCGCAGUCAACCCUCAGGACCGGCCGGACGCCAUCCAGCUAGAGGUGCGGAUGGACCAAGUCACGUGCGCUGCGUGACAGCACCCAACUUCCCAAAACCUCUCCUUUUUUAACUCUAACCAGUCAAAGAAGGGACCCCUUUCAUUCCCAGCUUUGUUUACUACAUGGACAUAGACUCCAGUGGAAAAAGGGACUUUGACAAACUGAACUGUGAAGAAUCCACAAUCAUAAUUUGAGCGGGAUGUAAACGGACUGGCUGAUGAUUCCAAAACUCCGGAUCAGGAACAGUAUGCAAAUCAGACCACAGUGCACUUCCACCACCAUCCAGUUACAAUCAGUGUCACCACGGAACCGAGGAUAAUGCCAGUGUCUCUGAGAGCUGACUGGAUGUAACAACCAGGUUAAUGACAUUUGUUGUUUUAUAUUUGUUGGUUAUUUGUUCCCAACAGCCCCGGUUACAGGCCUGCUCUUCCUUAACAUUUGUAAUGUUCUCGGCUGUGGCACAGGUUACCCUACUGGACUAUACCAGUGGUCUAAGGUCAAAGCAUGGGCCGCCCAUCAUUCUGCUGAUGAUACUAUGAACAACAGACGACACUACCAGUUUCUCCCUCCCACAAUGCCCCGUACAACCUCGUGCCUUAAAGAUGAUUCACAGAAGUGCAAUUGGAUCUUUAAAUUAAAUGAUUUUGUGGGUAACAGAAGAAGCUCAAAUACCAAGACAGAAACCUCAUGAAUGUAGGUUUCUGACCAAUGAAAUCUUUUGCUUCCAAUGAUGUCAUACAUUGUAAACACAAACGCAGGCUGCAAUAAUGUCAAGUGAGAAUCAGAAACAAUUCGGUGCCCUUAUCUCCCCAAAAGCUCAAGAGCAAUCACGAUAAGUGAAGAUGGUUGUCAAAGAUUUUGUUUCAGUGUCACAUGUUCGCCCAUGUAAAGCAAGUUUACAGGGAUAUUUCACAAAUCUGUGCCACACUCCGGAGGCAGAGGCGGAACAAAUGUGAAUAUUAUCAGUUUUAUUAUGUUGUUUUGAAGGUGUACUAUAGAAUUCACACCUUUAGAAGCAGCAGGCCUGCGUUGACUCCAUACAAUACUGUGCAUGUUUAACCAAACAAAGUCCAGCAGGGAAUUCAAAACUGGUUUUACUGGAGUUCCUGUUGAAUCCAAAUAGCACCUGUUGGACAAAUUGCGUAUAUCUGUUUAGUAUUAACAUGUUUGAUAAAUUAAUGUAUGACCAAGAAACAAUCAUGAUCAUUUGGUGGGUUUUGGUAACUUUUUAUUGAAUGUUUUUUACAUUGAGAGUAGCAUUUGAGGACAUUGAAAUAACUCUUUGUGAAUACAAUUUAUUUUAUCAAGUCAGUGCUUACAAUCUGUCAUUAAGAGAUACCGAACAUUGUUCUGUACUCUACCUUUUGAGUUUUAAGGUUUGUGACUGGUGUGAUAAUGUUUAAUGGGUUCAUUUAACGGGAACAGCUCGUCACCUCAGCAGUAUUGAGCCAUCUGUGGCUGAAUCUUUCUUCAGUGUCUGAUUUGGGGACUCUCACAGGAGAUUGAAGAUUUGCCAUCUGGAAAUAAUCCCCAAAAGCAGUCAUGGAAUCCUAACUGUCUCUCUUCCUUCCUUCCUUCCUUCCUUCCUUCCUUCCUUCCUUCCUUCCUUCCUUCCUUCCCCCUCUUUAUUGAAGUGCUUCAAACCCUUUGCAGCGGCACGUGUGUAGAAGACACGCAGGCAGUGGUUGUUGUACCCUACUAUUUGUGCUGUGAGAAAGUCAUGGCUAGUUUGUGCUCUGAUUCAUGAUCUACUACAUGUGCAUCAUUAGGCUGAUCCACAGGUGAGGCGGUACUCGAAGCCACUAGGGUUUCCAGGAAGAUAGAAAGUACAAAAAGUUAAGAAAAAAGCAAACAUAGAGGAGUUAAAGCAUACAGUGGUGUAUUAUAAAACUGUAUGUUCCAGACCUAGAAAGCUCUACUAGCCUUCACCCCCCAGCACAGACCGGAGGAAUGAACCUCCUUUUGCUUUCCCAGCACUGCGUAGCAUGUGGGUACAGUUCAGUGAGUCAGCAGUAGUUGUAGCUUUUGGUGCGUUUCGUAGUGUGAUCCUACCUCAUUCUAAGCACUCUGAAACAUAUUAUCUACCUUAACAGCCUUGUGUUAGUCUGUGAUAAAAGGCAAACUGCUUGAGUGGGAUAGAGUUUUACCUCAGACUGUUUAAACCUGAACCAUCCUCUAAUUGACUUCUCUAUGUAGUGUUUCACUUAGCUACAAGUGACGCACAGCUCUUCCCUUUAGAGUGACUACAUCUGGAAACACCUGUUACCCUCUCUCCUAAUGGCUGUAUUACUCCACAGUAGUAGUCCUACCUUACGCUCAGUUGACCCUUCCGAAGUCCCGCCCCUUUUUGCUCUGUGCUCCAGUAACCUUUCCUGUACUUAAAUAUGCUAUGUGCUACGCUUGUCUAUGUUGAUUAGAUAACUAAAUAGCACUACUAGCUAGAGAACGACUGAUGUAGAUUAGGUAGUUAGCGAGUGCUUCACUCACUGUGGCUAUAGCCACUAGCUAAUUAACAUCAGUCGUUAGUUAGCUAGUGUUUUGCUAACAUUCGCUAACUUAAGAUGUCGCUUUUAUCUUUUAGCCAUCUUCAAAAUGUGGUUGUCUUUUCAACAUAGACAAGCCUAGCACAUAGCAUAUCUCAGUACAGGAAAGGGGACACUGCUCAACUGGUACUGGAGCACAGAGCAAAAGGGGGCGGGACUUAAGAAGGGUCAAUUAUAUUGAUUGCAUUCAACAACUACAGCUCCAUCAGUGUGUUUCAGUGGGUAUGACGGCUAGUACAACCAUGGUACAUUACAUUCCAUCACAUUUAUUUAGCUGAUGCUUUUAUCCAAAGCGACUUACUUAAUAAGAGCAUUAACCAUGUGGAUACAACCCCAAAAUUGCAAGAAUCUGGCAGCAUCAUCAAAUAUGUGGAACUGCCUCAAGUACAAAUGUAGAUGAGUGACUGUUGAUGUUUCAAUACACUAUAGAUGGCAGGGGCAGUUCCGAUUAAAGUACUCUCGCUGUAGUUGUUGAAUGCUAACACUGUCAACUGUUGAUGUUGUUAUAACAUGAAGGUGUUCUAUUUUGGGAUGAGACUUUCAUUUUUCUAGUGUAGCAGAUAGAAAUUGUGUUCUUUACCCUUUGAGAUGUUGAAUCUCUGACCUGUUCAGCACUGCUCAGUAUACAUGUUUCUUUAGGGGUUCAACCUAACAUGGUUAAACGACUGUAUAUGGCUUUGCUGUGGUUGAUAGUGUAUAAGCUAACUGAGGCUCUUUACAACUAAAUCAAUAAUACUAAAACUUGUUUUCCACUUGCCCUGCUGACACUGUAUGUUUGUUCGAGCGAUUUCAUUUAGCUCUCUUCAGACUAGUAAUGAUUCCACUUGAAAACACUUUACACUAUGCAAAAUAUUUCACUGCCUCACUGUAAACACCGUACAGAGCCGCACUGCUCUCAAAACAAUUGUGUGUAAUAUUUAGAAUUUUUAUCUUUGAGUGCAUAUUUCCAGUCUGUACAGAAAUGUAAGUUUCAGAUGUUGUGUAAAAUAAUGACGCUGACAGGAGCCAUAAGAUGUUUGAGAAAGCAUCGUGUUUUUUUUUUUUUUUUUUGCUGUAAAUAUGUUUGACAACUUUUCUUGGAAUAAAUGAUCAAAACUA